CUUGCGGGGAAGCUCGGUUCUUGCUGUUUGGGCAUGGCCGGGGCGGCUACGGGGGCGAGCGGGAGCAGGGGCCCGAUGGAUCUGAACCUGUAUCUCGGCCUCCCUCCAUUGCCGCAGCCUCCAGGGAGGCUGGAUGUCGCCGCCGAUUACCCGCCGCCGCCGAACUCCGGCGGUUCCGCUGUGGUGGUGGCGAAUGAGCAAAGGAGCUCGUCUGAGCCCCAAGAGGUGGCGGUGGCACCACCUGCGGCUACGCCGCCGCUGCCCGUGGUGGUGCCAACGCCGCCGGCGGGGGCGGCCUACUCGCCGUCGAACGCGCUGUCCACGCCGGAGCAAGUGCUGGUGGAUCCUGUUGCUGCGUGGCUUGUCGAUCCUGUUGAUCAGCGGGCGGUGCCGCUCGAGACGCCCUCAAACAUGGCUAUGGCCUCGUCGGCGCCGGCGCAGUUUGCUAGGUAUGAUGCUGAAUUCGUUCAAGCAUUGGAAGCCGCCGGAGAACGCCGGCGCCCUCAAACGUGGCUUGUGCAGUCUGGUCGAGCAAUCCCUACUGCUCUUAUAAGGGGAGCUGAGAUUGCCGCCGCAAGGCGGGAAUCGGCGCAAGCUAGCCCAGCUGCUACCGAGAGAAUGACGCCGGAGAACCGGCUGCGGAGGUUGAUCCAGGUGAGCGAUCAACACCGCAUUGGGAGGGGAGGGCCAGGGCAAGUGAGCCGCGGCCACCACGAGAACAGCCCGGAAGCGGAUAGUCUGGCACAGUCCAUCAAUAGGUCUCAUAAUUCUCUGGAGGCAUCAAGAAGGCAGAAGCUUGAUGGUGAUGGCAAGGUUGGGAAAACUGAUGCUGCCAAGAAGGAUGACAGUUGCGGCGGAUGCCACGGCAGCUUCGAAUGCAAUAUCUGCCUUGAAUCAGCUAAAGAUCCCGUGGUUACCCCUUGUGGCCACCUCUUCUGUUGGCCUUGCAUAUACCAGUGGCUUCAUAGACAUUCAGAGUACUCUGAUUGCCCUGUCUGCAAGAGUGAGCUGUUUGAAGUAAAUGUCACGCCGAUUUAUGGAAGAGGAAGUGCUGAGCAGAAUUCCCCUAUAAAUGGUAUCAAAAUCCCACCCAGACCAAGUGCACAGAGGACUGAGAGCUUGAGACAGCAGCUGCAAAUGCCAGACAGAGGCAUUGCAAACAUGGUGAGGCGGUUGAUCCAAAACCAGGAUAUAGUGGCAGGCCAGGCAGCUUCAUCUGCAGGGGUUGAGAGGACUGGGGCUUCUGCACCGCGACCAAGGGCUAGGGGUCGAAGGCAAGCAAGACAAGAUCAGAAUGCUACGGCUCCUGUGCCCGCAACACAGCAGCAAGUGGGCAAUGCUGACACUGGGGGUGGCAAUCAGGCUCCUUUGCCACCUCCCGAUGCUAAUGAUGCUGCACCGGCUGUUGCUGUUGCUCCCCAGCAGUCAUCAUCUGUGGAGCAAGCUUCAACUUCUAGCACUGUGGGUGUUGCAGUGGGAGGGCCAGCGCAAGGUAGGAGGUCAAGAAAUUCUGAAUCCACACCUACAACCACUAGGAGGACAAGGAGGAGGCAGCAGUAGGUAACUUAAUGUUGUUAUUGUAAUUGAACAUAAAUAUACUAGGUCUCCUUGUAACCAUGACUAUCUUUAGGCUCAUCUCAAAAUCAAGUAGAUGGUAUCGCUUCUUCUAUUUACCAUGUAUCUACCAUUCCUUAGGCAGGCAAAGGAAUAAAGAUUUCAAUUUCAGUAUC